GGCCGCUCGCGCAGCUGCUCGGCUCUCGCUAUAUAAAGGGGCAAAGCGGGCAGAGCGGCGGCUGGCGGCGGCGGCUGCAGCCCGGGGCCGGGAGUAGAGGCCGGGCCAGGCUAGGCCGCGGCGCCGCCCGGGAGCCAGGGCUGUGCUGGGCAUUAAGGGGGCGGCACCGGCGCCGGGCACGUCUCUCGCUUCACGGGGGCGACCGCGGCCGCGGUGGGGGCGCCCGGGGGGCGCGGGACAUGGCGAGCGCGGCCAACACAAACCCCGUGCCUAAACUGUAUAGGUCUGUAAUUGAAGAUGUCAUUAAUGAUGUCAGAGAAGUUUUUCUGGAUGAAGGAGUGGAUGAACAAGUCCUUGUGGAACUCAAAACACUGUGGGAGAACAAGCUGAUGCAGUCCAAGGCUGUAGAUGGGUUUCAUUCAGAAGAACAGCAGCUUUUGUUGCAGGUUCAGCAGCAGCAACAGCAGCAGCAGCAGCAGCAUCACCACCACCACCACCAUCAUCCCCAACCACAACCACAGCAGACACUGCAACAGCAAUCCCAGCCACAACAAGUCCUUAUUCCUGCAUCCCAGCAAGCACCUCAGCAGCAGGUUAUUGUGCCAGAUUCCAAGCUGAUACAGCACAUGAAUGCAUCAGGGAUGAGUGCUGCUGCUACUGCAGCUACUUUGGCUUUGCCUGCUGGUGUGACUCCUGUUCAGCAAAUACUUACCAAUUCAGGCCAGAUCUUGCAGGUAGUUAGAACUGCAAAUGGAGCUCAGUAUAUCAUUCAGCCACAGCAGCCAGUGGUUCUACAGCAACAGGUUAUACCACAGAUGCAGCCUGGUGGUGUACAAGCACCUGUCAUACAACAGGUAAAAAGACAUUUUUGCGUCUUGGCUCCUAUCCCUGGAGGGAUCUCUCAACAGACAGGAGUGAUCAUUCAGCCUCAGCAAAUCCUGUUUACAGGAAAUAAAACACAGGUCAUACCUACCACUGUGGCAGCUCCUGCCCCAGCACAAGCACAGAUUCCUGCAGCUGGUCAGCCACAGGCACAGCAACAACAGGCACAGCCCCAAGCACCCCUUGUGCUUCAAGUUGAUGGAGCUGGGGACACAUCAUCUGAAGAAGAAGAAGAUGAGGAAGAAGAUUAUGAUGAUGAUGAAGAAGAAGACAAAGAAAAAGAUGGAGGUGAAGAUGGCCAGGUUGAAGAGGAGCCCCUUAACAGUGAAGAUGAUGUGAGUGAUGAGGAAGGACAAGAGCUGUUUGAUACAGAAAAUGUUGUGGUGUGCCAGUACGAUAAGAUCCAUAGAAGUAAAAACAAGUGGAAAUUUCACCUCAAGGAUGGCAUCAUGAACCUUAAUGGAAGAGAUUAUGUAUUUUCCAAAGCCAUUGGAGAUGCGGAAUGGUGAAGUUUUUAAGACAAAGCAUAAAACUCCCCCCAAAAAUAAAAAAGAAAGAAAAGCAAAAGCAGGAAAGGUUGAGACUUGGACAUGCAUUUCAACCAAAAUUUAUCUCUGCACAUCAGAAAAGUACAGUAUAAACAAAACUACCAGGACAAAGGUAGAGCGUGGCAACAUAGACACUACUUCAGUGGGCAAGCCAUGGGACUGUAGCAACUAGCAUUGUCUGGGAGCUGGUUUUGUGUUAGGAAUACAUUAAUUGUCAAUUCUGCAUACAAGAACCUACAGCUGGUAAUUAGCAUGUAAGGCUUUGUCUCCCCUUUCUUCCCCCUGGGUUAAGGUUUUAAAAUUUCUUCCACUGAUUGAAUUCCUUUUUGAUAUACUAAUAAUCUGAAAAUGCUUUGUGUGUACAAAACUUUGCUUUGAACACUUCCCUUUGAUAGUGAAGAUGGUCAGAAUGUUGCUUAAAACUGUGUGCAGGCUUUGUACAGAAGGGUAAGAAUUAAGGCGUUUAAAUUUUAAUUAUCUUCUAUAAGAAAAACACUUUUUAAUUGUACUAUGGUCAUGUAUAAUUUUAUCUACAUAUUUUCCUUCGUUCCUUCCCUCACUCACCUGUCCUCCCCUCUUUCCCUCCCCCCUCCCCCCUUUCCUCCAAGAAAUUCUUAUUCUUAGCAGUUACAAAAUGUAAUAUGAUAAUUUAUACUUCUUAAUUUGAGUGAUACCUUGACCUUUGGGUCUGUAUUUUUUUUUCUUUUAGUGUUGAAAACCUAUAAAUCUUUUUCGAAAAAUUGGGCCCCUUGACUCUUUUAAACAUACUUUUAGCAUUUGAUAGAGUGGUUUGGCAUAGAGCUGAGAAGAAUGCAAUGGUAGCUUUUAUUUGCUGCUUAGAAGGCCUGUAGAGACUCUUCAGAUUGAAAACUGCAGGCGUUCUGAUUACUUAUUAUAUUCAUUCCUUCACUUGCUCACUACUUUUACAAUCCAGGCAUCCAUAAAUAUGGGUGGAACAGAACUCUGAAUGUUUGUGUUAGGGAGAGGUUAUAUAUAAGCUUUUAAUACCCAGCUGAAGUUCUGCUAAUAAGGAGACUUGUUUAAUUAUAACAAUACCCCAGAGCUUUUUCUCUCCUUGUAUAGUCUUACCAGUAAGUUGAAGUGUGCUGCCAUUAAUGUCUUUAAAGCCUCUAGUGAUGCACAGCUUUAUGGCGAAUGAUGUGAAGCAUUGAUCAUAAAUUUUGUCAAGAGUAACUUAAUAAAAGGGAUGACUUGGUAAUGCAGAAAUAGUCAUCACAUACUUAAACCUAAUGUAACAGCCUUUGCACUUGCGUAUCACAAAUGUCAUUUAUGAAAAGCAAAACAUCUUUUCCUUGAUGCAGUGGUUCGGUUCUUCUUUCAGAUCAGUCUUUCAGAAAUUCAGUCCCUCUCCAGCAAGGAAGGAGGAGUUGGAAAUGUAGUUUUUAAAUCGGACAUCUGUGAGGAAGGAAUGCAAAUGCUCUGUGUGGCUUACCAUUUCAAGAUAAAACUAUAAUGUUCUCAUUGCCUACCUGAAGUAGAGGGCGGGGGAGAGGGGAGGUUAAAAACCAACAGAGGAAGCAAGUUUAACUCAAACAAGGGGAACACUGCAAAGCAGACUCUUUACCACUUUACUUGGCCUUUCUUCUAGUGGAGGAUGAAAUUGAAAUUUUUUAUUUAACAAAAUCAAAAAUAUAUUUAAUCAGCAGUAUAUAUUAACUGCUUUCAUUUUUGCUCUCUACUUAUUUUCCAAGUGCAUUCAUAGUCUCAAAUAGCAUAGAGGAGAUCCACAAUAUGUAGCAAGAAAGAAAACUGAGUGGUUAUGUUUGCACCUGUGGUAUCGCUGUCCUUAAUUCACAGGUAGUCGAGGUUUUUUUGUUUGUUUUAGUAACUUACCUGUCUGUACACAUUAUUGGCUUUGUUACAAGCUAAGUUUCUGAUCUCAUUAAUUCAUUACCAACUAAAGCUGUAACCAUUUUAGGAUACAUUUUUGGCUCUGGACUUAGGUUUCUCUCUGAACAGUAUUUACUUUUUCUUCUGUAGAAAGAAAUAAUUUUGAAGUCUUGUUUAUUUUAAUGCACCACUAUUCAUACUUAAAUUGUGUGCAUCUUCAGUGAAACCAGUUACUGAUUAAUAAUUUCCUUUGUAUCUUUCCUGCAUCUCCAGGUAGUAUUAAUGCUGAUUACCAGUAGUUUUUUUAGCCUUUCAAAUGAUUUAGAACAAAUCCCAUUAUGUUGCACAGUUGAAUCGGUAAAAGUCGUUUAGCUACAGAUUCCUGUUUAUACUACUGGAACCCAGAUUACUGUACAAGAUGUUUAGUUUCUUCUUACAUGUAGGGUCUUUCGCCCAAGUAUUUUAUAGUAGAAACUGCAUAGCUUUUUUAUUUAUUUUUAAGGAAUACCACAGCUUUAAAGAUUACUUAAAUUUAGCUCAUCUUCAAGGAAGUUAGAAACCAACCAUACUUGUAUGGUAUCUUGCAAAUUAAUUAUAAGGUAUGCUUGACAGAUGAGGCACUGGUCUUUCAAUAGUAGUACCUGUGAAGUUUUCUAAAAGCCAGUCAAACAUAAACGUACCAAACUGUGCUCUUAUUGCUACAUCAAGUGUUCCUUUUUUAAAUCACAAAGCACGUUUGUUUUUUUUAUUGUAGCAGCUUGAUGUAAGAAUGUAGUUUGCUUAAUUUUAUUAUUGUACUUGAAUUUUAAUCAUUUUUAAUAUUUUAAUUGAACAGACAAUUUCAUUAGGUUCUAUAGAAAACCAUUCCUUUCUGAGGGCAAGGGAUUCCCAUGUUCAUAGCAUUUAAAUUAUUUUUUUUCUUGGAAGUAGAAAAUAGAUUUUUUUCAUUUUUUAAAUAGUUCAGUAUUAUUAACGGUUUCAAGAGGGCUUUUGUUUAGAUUUGCACAGAUAAUGGAGCACCUUUUUAAGAUGACUAAAUGGGGAAAGAUAACUUCAUAGUUAAAUGUUUUAACCAUGAUGGCUAAUGGAAAUUUUAAAGAGCAACUGGACAAAGUUCGGAGUUUUGUGCCUUUUCGAUUUGCAGAUAUUCCUGCUUUGUCAGCAUGGUUAUAUUUUAUUGGAUUCCUAAGAGUAGACUUCCUACAGUGCUUCAAUCACAAAUCAACAUUUUAGCUCUAAUUAUAUUGGCUUUUCAAUAUGUGCAAUCAUUUUAACACAUCUAAGUUGAAAAGAAGUGAAAACGUUGUCUGCUAAGGAGGGUAAUAGAGCAUUUAGUCUCAUAAGGAACUUUAUAUUGGACUAUUUAAAUAAAAUGUAUAAAGCUUUAUUCCCCCAACUGUUGGUGGUAAGUGGCAAAAUUUGAGGUUUCAUCCACCUUAUUCCUGCAUUGCAAUCGCAAGCUGCUUUUUCAACAACAGUCAUUCUCCUGAUUUUACAGAUCAUGAUUUCACAAGAACAAAUUAUGGUCAUAGCUUAUUCUUAAGGGGAUGAGACUGUUCUGAAGCACAGUUUCUAGAAAAGAGCAAAGAACAUACUAAAUGUGAUGUAACAGAGCUUUGUUAUAGAUGUCUUUCUAAUUUUUGCUGUAGUUAAGAAGGUAGAGUAAACUUUUGAGGUUUUAGGUUUUUUUUCCCUUUGUAAAAGUAAUCAUAUAAUCUGUCUACACUCGGCAGCAAUUGUCACGAUAAAACACUACCAGAAUACAAUUCUGGAAUUCCAAUGCAGGAGUUAAAAAUGAGACCUUGUCUACUAGAGCUUAUUCUGUCUUUCUGUCUCUCUCUCCCCCAUUUGAAAAAGUUCUUUUGAAUUUUUUUAUUAUUGUUAUAGAAUGCAAUAAUGUUCCGGACCUAGAACAGUAGGUUUAGGGAAAUGCACACUGGAUGUCUAAUGGUCUCUUACAUGGUUCUACAAUUUUUCUCUAAAAGUUUAAUUCAGACUUUAAUGGUUACAAAAGAUGGGGAAACUAGCACAUUGUUACAUAUCUGUCUAGGAUUCAUAAAUCUAGUUCUCAUUAUUUUGAGUGGGUGAGAAAUGUGUGGAAACCAGGCCUUUUGUUUCUGGCAGAUCAGGUUGCUAAUGCUUACUUUUUUUUUCCUUAAGCAGUUAACAUAAGGCAGUUGGUUUGGUGGGGUGUUUUUUUGUUUUGUUUUUGUGUUUUUUGCAACUCAGUUGGAUUGAACAUUGAGGAACAAAAGGAAUUUAUUUUAAACCAGAAGGAACUACCUUGGAUUAGCUAGACAUGCAGCCAUCCAAUGUUACUUGCUCCAGUAUGCAAUAGGGUACCAAUAAAACACGGAGAGGGGGAAUAUCCUUUUUUGCUGUUUUGAGCUACUAUUGUCAACUGCUGUUGUACAUAUACUGUUAUGUGUAAGGGGGUAAAUAUAUUUAUUAUGUUUGUAAAAUUCAUUCUGUACAAUUGCAGAUCAAGGUUGCUCUUCUGUGAUAUACAGGAUAUUAUGUUUCGAAGGCCAUGCUUGGAAUACAAUUAGAGAACUUAGUAUUUUGAUGUACUAAGACCUAUUUUAAGUUUAAUAUUUUGCCUUUGCAAAAACUUUAAUUAAAGAUGUUAUUUAAAAAAUAAA